AUGACGAAGAGUGGUGGAGGAGACUGGGCAAACCAAGAGCAGAGGAACCCAGAAAAAGCAAAUGAGACAAAGCUGUUUUCACUGCACAGGGGACUGAAGCCCAGGCACCCCAAGCAGGAGAAGAUGCAGCGAGCGUUUAUAGCUCUGCUCACACUUUCUCUUGGGACAGGAGCUGCUCCCAGGUAUAUCUGCACCUACUAUGAUGUCAUUGAGUACCUGAACAUCUCCUCUCACAGCAAGCUGCACACGCACAUACUGCCAAAGACUCACUGGAAGGAGCCUAUGGAAGUGAUGAUGGAUUUUAUGCUGAUAGCAAUUCUGUCUGUGGCUGAAAAGCUCCAGACCGUCACUUUUUAUUUCGUGUUGAGCUUGGAGUGGACAAACACUUUUGCCACCUGGGACCCACGGGAUUUCUGUAACAUUUCUAAAAUUGUUCUGCCCAUGGAUUCAUUCUGGUCACCCCCAAUCUUCAUUUUGGAAAGAGUGAACGAACAGAAGUCCAACUUGGAGUACAUUGUCGUCACACACAACGGCACCUUCAACGCCAGCCUUCCCUUCCAGGUCACACUAACGUGCAGUUUGAUGAUCCUCAAGUUCCCCUUCGACACCCAGACAUGCAACAUGAGCAUUGCUUCAUUUCUCUACCCAGUAACAGACCUUUCCUUGAAAGUGAAACGGACACCAGCUGAGAUGCUGGUAAACAGCCAGAGCUUCUUCCUAACUGAUGGAGAAUGGAAGUUCACCAACCUGAGCAUCAAUGAGUACAUUGAAGAAAUGGACGAUGGAGAAUUUCCUGUGAUCACCUAUAUGAUUUCCAUGAAGAGACGACCCACUCUGUAUAUUCUGAACCUCAUCCUCCCGACGUGCGCCCUGUAUCUGCUUGACAUGGCUGUGCUGUUUGGACCCAGCUCUCUCGAGGAGAAAAUCAGUUUCCAGAUUUCCAUCAUUCUUGGCAGCUCCAUGUUAGCUGUGAUUCUCAACAAUAUGCUUCCAACUUCCUCCAACGAACCGCCCAUAAUAGUGCUCUUUUUCUUAGGCACCUUCCUGCUGAUGAUCAUGGCUGUGCUGGACACCUUCUUCCUGUUGCACCAUCAGCACAAAUCCCUACGCUUGGGCAAAGCUUUCGGAACAGUCCAACAAGGUGUGCACACCGAGCCACCAAUGACAAACCAGGCCAUGAAACAUCCUACCAAGAAGACCCAGGAAAAAGUGCAGCAAACCAAGCCCUGCUGGAAAACAGCGGAACAGGACCCGGUUCUGAUAGUUCUGGAGAAGGUGCUUCUCUACAGCCAUUUCUUCUUGUCACUCUUUUUUUUUGCUGUUAUCUCUAUAAAAUGGAGCAGUUAGGGACCAGCUCUGUGUGAUGCUCUCUCAGUCUUUCUCCAUUUUAUUUCUUCCAAGCCCUCUGCUGUAUUUUCUUUUACUGCUCAAUUCAAACCAGUUGUUUCAGCUGCCUAAAUUAGAAAAAACAAAAAAACCAAACCACAACCAGAGCAUAAAGUCCGCAUGGUGUGUGCAUUGUACUCUAGUUCUGUAAACAUACAUAUACUCUGAAAGUGCUCCGUGGGCUAACAAAGUGAUUAGAUAAAGCUAUAAUGGAACUCGAAGAGAAUACCUUAA